GACAGUGAGCGGCAUGACACUAAUAUAGGAAGGACAUUGAAAUGUUUAUCAGCGCGCCACAAUUAUCACAGUUCAUCUGAGGGGGUAAUUACUCAAGAGUACACUCGGGAAACCUAGAGGAAUCUUCCGGAAAUUGGAGACAGAUCUUUUGAAACAAGACAUUCAUUGUGUGGAUCAACCAUCAUCAUCAUCAUCAUGGUGUCGAUGAAGAGUUACUGUGAAGUAGGAGUCUCCAUGCAGACAGUCUGGGUGGAGGGCGGCCUGACCCUCUGCUUCUAUUUCACACUGGUGCCCUCCAUCCUCCUCACCCUCUCCUUCCUCUUUGGCACCUUUUUGUGCAUAUGCUACAGCCGCAACGGCACGGACAUGGAGCCCAAAUUCAUUCCUCGCUCACGGCUCUACCGACUCCAGGUGUGCCUGUCGGUGCUGCUCAUCCUGCAGGCCUUGGGCUGGAUGGUGUUUCGGAUUGCCCAGGGUGGUGAGGUCCCGGGAUAUGUGGUACUCUGUGGGGGUCUCUCCAUGGUGGGCUGGAUUUGGGCUGUAGCUCUGCUGCGUUUGGAGAGGAAGAGGGUUCUGGUUCGGGAUAGAACCAGAGGCCACAGUGUGGUUCUGCUGCUGUAUUGGGCCAUAGCUUUUGCAUCUGAAAAUCUGGCGUUUAUAUCGUGGAUGAGCCCACAUUGGUGGUGGGGUUUGGAGACGUCUAAUCAACAGAUAGAGUUUGCAUUCUGGCUGGUGCGGUACUUCAGCACAGGUUUGCUCUUCCUGUUAGGACUAAAGGCUCCAGGGUUGCCACGGCGACCGUACAUGCUUCUUGUCAAUGAGGAUGAGCGAGAUGUGGAGCAUGGCACACAGCCUCUCUUGGGUAAUUCUGCAGAGAGUCAGUCUACAUGGAAGGACUUUUGGAAGAAGGUGCGUCUUUUGGUGCCUUACAUGUGGCCUAAAGAUAACGUUCUGCUUCAGCUGCUGGUUGUGCUUUGUCUCGGCCUGCUGGGAGUGGAGCGCGCCAUCAAUGUGUUUGUGCCCAUCUUCUACAAGAACAUAGUGAACGAGCUAACAGACGGAAGCUCUUGGAAGACAUUGGCCACUACAGUUUGUAUUUAUGUGCUGCUGAAGUUCCUGCAGGGAGGUGGAGCUGGUGCGUCUGGGUUUGUGAGUAACUUACGUUCGUUCCUUUGGAUUCGGGUGCAGCAGUACACUAAUCGUGUGGUCCAGGUACGUCUCUUUGCUCACCUGCACUCUCUGUCUCUACGCUGGCACCUGGGCCGCCGCACCGGAGACGUCCUGAGGAGCAUCGACAGAGGAACCUCCUCCAUCAACAGCCUGCUCAGCUACAUUGUGUUCAGCAUCAUCCCCACCAUUGCUGAUAUUGUUAUCGCCAUUGUCUAUUUCAUUUCCAACUUCAACGCCUGGUUUGGCCUCAUAGUUUUCAUUUGCAUGGCCCUCUACCUCACUCUCACAAUCGUUAUCACGGAAUGGAGAACCAAAUACAGGCGAGAUAUGAACACACAAGAUAACAAUGCCAAAUCUAAAGCUGUGGACUCUUUAUUGAACUUUGAGACGGUGAAAUAUUAUAACGCAGAAAGCUAUGAAGUGAGUCGCUUUGAGGACACCAUCUUAAAAUAUCAGGAAUCAGAGUGGAAGACCAAUGCUUCUCUGGCCCUCUUAAAUCAAACUCAAAAUCUCAUCAUUGGUUUAGGUCUGCUGGCCGGUUCUCUACUGUGUGCCUACUUUGUGACCGAGGGCAAGUUUCAGGUUGGAGAUUAUGUGCUGUUUGGAACAUAUAUCAUCCAACUCUACACCCCUCUCAACUGGUUUGGAACAUACUACAGAAUGAUCCAGAACUCUUUCAUUGACAUGGAAAGUAUGUUCGUGCUCUUCACUGAGGAAGAGGAGGUGAAGGAUGAUGUCAACGCAGGGAGCCUUUACUACAGGCAGGGAAAAGUAGAGUUUGAAAAUGUGUUCUUCGGCUACACGCAAGGCAAGGAGAUUCUAAAAGAUGUCUCUUUUACUGCACUCCCUGGCCAGACUGUAGCACUUGUUGGACAGUCAGGUUCUGGAAAGAGCACCAUCAUACGCCUGCUUUUCCGUUUUUACGAUGUUCAGGGUGGCUGUAUAAAGAUAGACGGUCAAGACAUUUCAAAAGUGAAGCAGUCAUCUCUGCGUGCUCACAUUGGCGUCGUCCCUCAGGACACUGUCCUGUUUAAUGAUAACAUUCGAGACAAUAUCCGUUACGGUCGAGUUACUGCCACUGACGAGGAGGUGGAGGAAGCUGCUAUUGCUGCCGACAUCCAUGACAAAAUCAUAGCCUUCCCUGAAGGCUAUGACACUCCGGUGGGUGAGAGGGGUCUUAAGUUGAGUGGAGGAGAGAAGCAGAGAGUCGCCAUCGCUCGUACCAUCCUGAAAUCUCCACAGAUCGUUCUACUUGACGAGGCCACCUCUGCACUAGACACCCAGACAGAGCGAAACAUUCAGGCCUCACUGGCUAAAGUCUGUGCCAACAGAACCUCCAUUGUCGUGGCUCACAGAUUGUCGACCAUCAUUGGAGCUGACACGAUUCUUGUUCUUAGAGAUGGUCAGAUCGUGGAGAGAGGAAGGCACGAUGAGCUGUUGGCAAAGGGAGGGCUGUACUCUGACAUGUGGCUGAAACAGCAGCAAGCGCAGGAAUCUGAUUCAUCCUCUGACACUGAGACCAAGGACAGGAAACCAGAGAAACUACAACCCCCAGCAUCCACUGCAGAACACAAGGGUCAUUGAACAACACUAAAUGUACAAUGAGACUACCCAUGCAAAUUGCAUUCAUUUUAAAUGAAACCAAUGCUGUUUUGUCAUUUUAGCAUCAUAUUUAUUUAAUAGCAGUUUUGUAUUAUUUUUGUGUCAGGGGCCAGUUCUUAAGUGCAUAUCUUGUUAUAGGUUUAUUUCUAAGAUAUUUUAGUUUGUUUUAAUCAUUUUGUUUGACAUCCACUUGCACUCGACACUCAGUUCCCUUGCAUUUGGAUGGGUCUUACAUAAUAUACGGGUCAUCUGACAUUACAUGUAGAAGAUGAAUACAAUAGUGGGUUCAUUGAUGAUAUUUUGUGUUAUUUAUGAGGUUAAAAUUAUUUUAAUUAUCCUACAGAAUUUGUUUGCAUAGUAUGUGUGUGUGCAUUUGUGCAUGUGGCUGUGCAAAACAUAAGUGCAUUCAUAAUGUAAAUUAAUUCAUAUGGCCUUUAAUGAGAAAAGACUGACUAGAUGUUAACGUGCGUUGUUUAAAACAAUGCUGUGACUAUUGUUUUUCCCUCCAGUACUAUAAUUUGAAGUACUACAUUGCUACGAGUAAAUUAAUACACUUCGGUAUGUUUAAUGUACAAUGGAUUUGUUAUUUUGGCCUGUUAUUUGAGAGUAAAUCUUACAAUUUGCCAUUCUUUAAAAGGGAAAUUAUGAAACUGCUGUUUGAAUAGGGUCUAAAGUGACACACAUUGUAAUUUACCAAAUUUAAGGCUACUUUUUUUUUACUGUUAAAACUGACUGAUGAAUCAUGAAGAUCAUGUUUAAGAUUAAAGCUGAAGUAUGUAACUUUUUCAGUGUUAAAAUACUUCUAACUCAGAUUAACAUGCUAAGACAACUAUAAGAAAGCAUUCAUAGGUUAAUUUAACCGAAAACAGUAAACACUAUAAAAAGUUUCAAUUUUGUUUUGAGGUGCCCGCUUGGCCCUGCCCACAGCAAAGUCUCUCGACCAAUGGCUUGAGUUGAGGGGCGGGGCUAUCUGACUGUUUAACCAACAACUGACCUGCGUGUUCGGAAAUCUGAUUUGAAAACGGUGUUUAUUUUUGCAAUUCCAUUCGGUGGCGCAGAAUUCAGCUUUAAGUUUAAAUUUAAGACAUUAAACAUGAUUCUGUCUGUUCAUUUCUGACAUGUCAUUAUGUGCAAGGAUGACUAUCAACUUAUUGAAUGUCUUGUAUUUUUUAUUAGUCCUUUAAGCUGUAUGUUUCAAUAUUAUUUUUGUGCUGGAAGUAUCACAGUUUCUUAUGCAGCAACAAUAAAGUGGUACUUGUUGCUUAAUUAAUUUUUGUACUGUACAACAAACUGUGAGGACAAAGAACUAUAUGGGAUUGACAUUAAACUCGGGGGACAUGGUCAAAAUUAGCCAUUGGGAAAUGUUUUAGCAUACUAUUCUUUAAAUAUGUGUAGAUUUCUAGACUAAAAAGUCUGUUGUCAAUUUUAAAAAAAACAUUCUGACAUAGAGAAUUUACCUUGGGUAGGCAACACUAUUACAAUGGAUGGCAAAAGCAGUUUGUUUUUGUUUGUAAAGAUUCUCAUUGUAUUUUAUUGGACAAUGAAGCCAAAGAAGGGCUUAUAUUUAUAUGCAUGAUUUAUUAUCAUGAUUGAGCACAUGCUGCACAAUUGUUUAUAUAUAAGCUGCCUUCAUGUUUUGUGUAAAAAAAAUAAAUUACAAAAAUCUCA